AAAGGGACGGCGUAGCGCAUGCGCGACAUUUAUGUUGUUGUUUGUGGCGGUAAGAUGGCGGCGCUCGGAGACACCUCAGCUCCGGGGGUGAAUGGGUUAAUACAACAAUUCACAUCAAUAACAGGAGCCACAGAGAGUGUAGGACAACAUAUGUUGGAAGCAUGCAAUAACAACCUGGAGAUGGCAGUGACCAUGUUUCUGGACGGAGGUGGGAUUACAGAGGAGCCCAGCACCAGCUCCAGUUCAGCAGCUUCAAGCAGCAGAGCUCCCCCUUCAGAUGACGUACGAGCACCCAUUCCUCAGAAGCAGGACAUAUUGGUGGAACCUGAACCAUUGUUUGGAGUGCCAAAGCGAAGAAGACCUGCACGAUCUAUAUUUGAUGGUUUCCGAGACUUUCAAACAGAAACAAUUCGCCAGGAACAGGAGCUGCGUAACGGUGGAACAGUGGAUAAGAAACUGAGCACCCUGGCAGACCUUUUCCGUCCUCCCAUUGAGCUCAUGCACAAAGGCAGCUUUGAGACGGCAAAAGACUGUGGACAACUUGAGAACAAGUGGCUUAUGAUCAACAUUCAAAAUGUUCAGGACUUUGCCUGCCAAUGCCUGAACAGGGAUGUUUGGAGUAAUGAUGCAGUGAAGACCAUCAUCAGAGAACACUUCAUAUUCUGGCAGGUAUAUCAUGAUAGUGAAGAGGGACAAAGAUACAUCCAGUUCUAUAAGCUGAACAAGUUUCCCUAUAUUUCCAUCCUCGAUCCCCGCACAGGUCAAAAAAUGGUGGAAUGGAAUCAGCUGGAUGUGGCAUCGUUUUUGGAGCAGACUACUGGCUUCCUGGCAGAGCACGGCCAGCUCGAUGGGCCAUCCUGCCACGCACCCCCUGCCAAACGAGCUCGCUCUGAGAGUCUGAUUGAUGCCAGUGAAGACAGUCAGCUGGAGGCAGCGAUACGAGCCUCCCUACAGGAGACCCACUACGAGUCCUCAAAUGCCCCCGAGGCCCCUGAUUCCCUCCGAUCAGAUGACGAAUCGGAUGCAGAGCCUUUCUCUGAUAGCGAGGGUCCCAUAUCUGUUGAUGGCUCAGACAGCGAAGAGAAAAGUUUUACCAGCAAACACACUCCGCCCCCUCCGGCCACUGCGGCCCAGCAGCGUCUACACCCCGAUAGUUCCACUUCUUCCCAUAGAAAGUCUCCAUACAAAGAAAACAACCACAGUCACAAGAAAGAGGAGAGCAAAAAGAACCACCUGGAGCCCUCAGCUGCUGCUCCUCGUCAUCCUCAGCCUGACGCAGAUUCUGCAGGUAACCACUGUCUCCCAGCAGACGAAAGCGCUGGACCUUCCACGACUAGCACCACCAAAAUCUGUGACGUGGACUGUCCUGACGACAAUGGUCCCAAAGCCAGGUUGAUGCUCCGUUACCCUGAUGGACAGAGAGAGCAAAUUUCCUUGUCUUCUAAAGCAAAACUUUUGGCCCUGGUAAGACACGUCCAAUCCAAAGGCUACCCAAAUGAACGCUUCGAACUCGUCACCAACUUUCCCAGAAGGAAGCUUGCCCACUUGGACUAUGACAUCACGCUGCAGGAGGCGGGGCUUUGUCCACAGGAGACUGUAUUUGUUCAGGAGAGGAACUAGCCUUGUCAGACACACUCACUUUUGCUUGUCUGUAUCUCUCUGCUAGACCUCACCCUUUCACCAAUGAUCUGGGACGAUGUCACUGGCCUUGAUCCUAUAACCUUCUGUUCUCCUGGAAUUAGGCCCCAUUUUUGCCAAGACAACUAUUUGUGGAUGGACUACUUUCCCCGCCACUCCACGGGUCUGAAUACUGACAUCUCUACUGACAGCCUAAUCCCUUUGUAGUGCGCUACAGUUGGCCAGUAAGGUGUUAAAGAUGCCGACACUCUUUAAUUUUUUAAUGCAAUAUAUUCUUUUCUGAUGCAGGCUUCAUCUUGUUCUGAACACUGAGGCACAUCUGGAUAGAAUAUA